AAGCUAUCAACCUACUCUUAAUUACCCUCGAGAGCACAGAAACUGCGGCCGAGGACUAGUCAUCAUCACGGCAAGAUCUCCUACAGAUAACCUUUUUAGCUACCGAAGGGAACGAACAAAUUACAGCUAAUCGGUCCAAGAAUACGGAGUGAAUGAAAAGAUGGUUAUCGGUUUGCACACGAUUGAUGCCAUUUCCACCUCGCUGGGCUAUGGCGAUAUCGAAAAGUACUAUCCCGAUCCACAGGCCAUCGACGGAUUGAAGCACCUGAUUUGGAUCCUAAGAAAUGACGGUCCAGAUCACGAGUUUCGGCGCUACAUUGGCGAGAAACGUUUGGUGCAGACGGAUCUGCUGCCGUUCCUGUUGCAUAGCUUCCACGAACCGGACGUUGCCGAUGUGGUGUUACGGUUGCUGGUCAACCUGACCUUCCCCACCGAUCUGAUCUACAAGGAAAAUCAUCCCAAGAAUGCCUCCGACCGAAAAAAGAUGCUGCAGCUCAUGGAGAUCGCCGAGGGCUACAAGGAAGCGUUUACGGUGAAUGCCGUUUGGUCAGUGUUGGGUGAAAAAAUGCAAAGCAUUCUGCGAAUCAAAUCCCUGGAGCGAAGCGAAGCUCAAGCCAUCACGGUGGAACGGAUACUGAUGCUUGCCCGUAACAUCCUCCAAGUGCCGGCGAACGUGGAAAAGGAAAAGCAGCUGGAUAACGAGGAUAGUCUGCACGAUCGAUUGGUGUGGGCCCUGGAUCAAACGUGCACGAUUAACAUCGUCUCGUACAUCCUUGGUUCCUCAUCGGAGCAACAGUACUUUAUGCACGCCCUCGAGAUUAUUUAUCUUGUGUUUCGGGAGCAGCAGCCGGCCAACCUCGUGAACGCCACGAUGCAACGUAUUGCUUCAGAAAAGCAAGAAGACGAAGUGAAGCUGUUAGAAGCAUUGCAGCAGCCCAAGACGGCCAAGCUACCGCUGCCGCCUCGUCAUUCUCGUUUCCGGGGAACGUACAUGUCGGGAAGUGUGAAGUCAAUCUCCGACAAUGCGGCCAUCGCACACCAGUCGCUGUCGAAAAUCAUUCACGCUGACCUGGGCAUCGAGAAGGAGCGGGCGAAGAAAUCGGCCCGCUUGACGCGCACCGUGGACGAGGUGGAGCGGAAGAGCAUUCUCUCCGUUCGUAUGUGCCUGCGGCAGUACUGCGUAGAAAUUUUGAAUCUUUUCAACAACAUCGUUCGACAGGCCAAGCGGUACCUGGGGUCAGCGGAUCAGUUGUCUUCGGACUUUCACGACGAUACGUAUCUGCUGUGGGCGAUCCGCUUUUUUAUGGCCUUUAAUCGAAUGAAUGGAAUGAACAUAGAGCUAAUAGGCGAAGCAUUGAGUAUGAAUACGUUUCACUGGAUUAUCAGCAGGAUUGAAAGUUACAACAGCAGUAUUACCUGCGAUAAAACUCGCAAGAGCAUUUGGUCGAAGCGGCUUCAUAAUGCCGUACAGACAUACGAUGAGAUGCUGUGCAAUCUGCGAGCCUUAAGCCUCAAGGAGGACCCCGAAUCAAAAGAGCUGCUUUCAAUGCUACAAAACAACAUUUUCUACGCCGUCGAGUAUCGCGAAACGGUCGUACAUUUGCUGACCAACUACAACGAGUCGUACCAAACGAGAAACUUCCUGCGAUCGGUGGUAGAGGUGGCGAAUCGUUUCUAUUCUCUGCUGGAGAAAUUCUGCGAUGGAACAGUGCGUGUUCAGACCCGUGUAAAAUCAAAACGUAAAAAUCAGAAAGGACGCAAGGCUGGCAAAUCGGAUCGCCCACCGAUAACACCGGAAAGCCUCGAGUUCGAUUGGCUAUCGAUGGCACCGAAGAUAGCCGCCGUUCUACCACAGGUGCAUGCCACGGAGGAAAAUCUACCUACUCCCUUCGAUGUGGCAUCUUCGGUACCUAUCGAUGAUCAAAAGGGUGAUUGCAUGAUACGGAUUCAUCGCCUGCUACGUGAUGAAAAGUACGAAGAUGCUUUGAAGCUCAUGUAUGCAGCACGAUCCGUAUGGACAAAUGAGGAUUGCUUCGGUUCAAUGCACGCAACAGCGGACGAAGAUUUAAUGUGUUUAAAGGAAAUUUUUAUGGCCAACAUUGCUGAAGACCAUGAAACUCAGCACAGCGACGAAGAUGAAGAAGAUGAUGACGAAGAAGACGAAGUGGAGGAAUAUGAAGCCAGAACAAAGUACGGCGAAAAGGAUUUCAAAUUCGAAGACUUCUCAAAGCGUCUGGUUGACCCAAAAGUCGUGCGAAACUGUGUGAUUGUGCUGUCUGACUGGGAAACCAUCAAAACGCCUACUAUGAAGGCUGCCAUCCAUAUACUACAUCGUAUCGCCGUCCAGCAUAAAACUCCGGCCAUGUUGUUUCAAGCAUCGCUGUUCCGCAUCUUUCAACGGGCGCUGCAUGCAAAACCUUCCGAGCAUACGGCCCCCUUGCAACAGCUGGGGCUGUACGUGAUACGUCAGCUACAGAAAAAGGCGCCCGAUAACGAGGUGAUAUUCGCUGAACUGCUGUUCUACAAAUCGGCCAAAAUAUGCUACGGAUUGGAAGAGGGUUAUGAUGAGGUUUUCAAUCGUCCUGCUGGCGCCGCCGGAUCAAGUGCAAAAAAUUGGUCGGAAGAGCAAGAGGAAGAACUGCGCCGACUGUUUAUGGAAAACCAGGAGAACCCACAGACCGAUCAAGAUGUUAUCGAUUGGUUGCUGGACAACAUGAUCGAUCGUACGCGUACGCGUCGGGCCGUUAUUAAAAAGCUGAAGGAGCUGGGUCUGAUAUUUAAAGCGCCAACGAAGCGAAGUAAUGCCAACCAACAUCAAAAGGAUUCGUGGAAUGGAGAACAGAUCGAAAGGCUAACGCAGUUGUACGAAGAGCAUCGAUUUGAGCGAAAUGUCGUUAAGAAGAUACGCGAUGCAUUUGGCCAAGCAUUCAGCCGGCAAGCGAUCGUGAAGCAAAUGGUUCGCAUGGGUCUGAUAGCGGAUGAAUCAGAAGUAAAGGUACGCAGAUCGGCGGCAUCGAAACCAAACCGACGACGAAAGGAAAGAAGGGAUACCGCUAGCUCCUCGGAAAGUUACGAUAGUGAGGAGAGGGAGGAUGAUAAUGAUGGGAACGACGAUGGUCCCGCUGUUGUGCUUGAUCAGAAGGUUGCCGAGAAAAUGAUGAAACUUAUGGGCAACAGCAUGAAGCCUUGCAUCGACUGGGUUAGCAGUUCAAUGGACUUUGUAUGCAGUUCCGGCGCAAUCCGCGACCUUCUCCGAGGAGGAAGGACGAUUUAUCCGAAGGAAGAACAUCAAAUUUUGGCCCUUAAGGACGGUAGAUUUCGGCAGUUUCUACUCGCUCUUGGCAUGGAGGCUACGAAUGCGUCUUGGUGCAUACCGGAGGAAUUUGAAGCGGCCGAUUUGAAACAGCGCAUCGAGCUCCUGCAAACACUGUGCAGCUCUCGUGAGACAUCACCUGCUGCAGCUGAUCGGAGCAUCGAGGAAGAAGACGUUGCUUUGCAAAGCAACUCUACCCAACCGUCGGUCGGUGUUGUGCCAUCCGAGGGCUCCGAUGAGGAUGAGAUGCCUUCGUUCAGUAAAAGAAAGCGCAGUCCGAGCAUUGCCGGUAAACGUGACCGAUCGGACUCUUCAGAUUCGAUGGAAUCGUCAACUUAUGCGAACAAGAAAUCUCGAAAACGAAUGGUCGUUAGCAGCGAUGAUGAGGAUUAGCGGAUUUGGCUGUUACCUUUUGUGUCACAAGUGUCCUUGUAU